AUGGGCGGAGUUCCAGGAGUGGGACUGCGGAGGGAACGGAUCGCGGGAGUCUCCCGAAGAGCGCGAGGCGUGGAGGGCGGCUCGGUCUGUGCCAGAAGUGCAGGCAGUUGAACAGAAGAAAGUGGUUUGGAGCAUUUUCCACUUCUACCAUUGGGAAUUUAAUUUCAUCAUCUCCGACUCUGUCCUUUUAAAAAGAAAGAAAAGCAGCAACCGAGAGUCAGACUCUCACACACAACAUGUUGUUGCGCAGAAGGACUUCCACUCCCUGGCUGUGCUAUUAAUGUUAGCAAUCAGGAAAAGCCUUUGGGGGCUGCAGAUUCUCUCUAGUCUGAUGCUGCUGCCACCACCACCACUGCUGCUCAGGAUUUUGGUGCAGGAAAUCCAAACUGCUGCCUUCUCUGUCCGCUGAGCUCUUCACAUCUGCAUGUCUCUGCUGCUCGCAAACGCACCAUCUCACACCCUCUCUCCAUGGACUGAUUCCUGUGGAGAAAAGACAAGCCUACCCAACUGAUUAUUUUGCUCCCCCCCCCCUCUUUUGGGAGGAACACAAAUUAUAUUUAUUUGUGAUAUUCUGGAGGAUCUGUUCGGUGGAUAACCUUUUUGGGGGGAGGAAACAUGACGUCGCCAGCUAAAUUAAAAAAGGAUAAGGAGAUCAUAGCUGAAUAUGAUACUCAAGUCAAAGAGAUUCGAGCCCAGCUUAUUGAACAACUGAAAUGUCUUGAUCAGCAAUGUGAACUGAGAGUCCAACUGCUCCAAGAUUUGCAGGAUUUUUUUCGCAAGAAAGCUGAAAUUGAAAUGGAUUACUCCAGGAAUUUAGAGAAGCUGGCUGAACGAUUUCUGGCAAAAACAAGGAGCACCAAAGAUCAGCAAUUCAAGAAGGAUCAGAAUGUUCUUUCUCCGGUCAAUUGCUGGAAUCUCCUCUUAAAUCAGGUGAAGAGAGAGAGCAGGGACCACACUACUUUGAGUGACAUCUAUCUGAACAAUAUAAUCCCUCGGUUUGUUCAAGUCAGUGAAGACUCUGGACGACUUUUCAAAAAGAGCAAAGAAGUUGGACAGCAGCUCCAAGAAGACCUGAUGAAAGUUCUGAAUGAGCUCUACACGGUAAUGAAGACCUAUCAUAUGUACAAUGCUGACAGCAUCAGUGCCCAAAGCAAGCUGAAAGAGGCAGAGAAGCAAGAAGAAAAACAGAUUGGUAAGUCUGUGAAGCAGGAGGAAAAGCAAACUCCGCGCUCCCCUGAUUCAGCCUCCAGUGUCAAGUUUGAAGAAAAGCAUGUCCGAAGGAGCUCAGUCAAGAAGAUUGAGAAAAUGAAAGAGAAGCGCCAAGCAAAAUACACAGAAAAUAAACUGAAGGCUAUUAAGGCAAGGAAUGAAUAUCUGCUGGCUCUGGAAGCCACCAAUGCAUCUGUAUUCAAGUAUUAUAUCCAUGACCUGUCAGACCUCAUUGAUCAGUGCUGUGACCUAGGAUAUCAUGCCAGCCUUGGUAGGGCACUUAGGACAUUCCUAUCUGCAGAGCUGAAUCUAGAACAAUCAAAGCACGAAGGCCUGGAUGCCAUUGAGAAUGCUGUUGAAAAUCUGGAUGCCAACAGUGACAAGCAACGUCUGAUGGAAAUGUGUAACAGUGUCUUCUGCCCACCCAUGAAGUUUGAGUUUCAGCCCCACAUGGGUGACAUGGUAUUCCAGUUAUGUGCCCAGCAACCAGUGCAAAGUGAGUUGGUACAAAGAUGUCAGCAGCUGCAAUCUAGGCUAUCCACUCUGAAGAUCGAAAAUGAAGAGGUUAAAAAAACAAUGGAAGCCACACUACAGACUAUUCAGGAUAUUGUCACUAUUGAAGAUUUUGAUGUAUCCGAUUGCUUCCAGUAUAGCAAUUCUAUGGAGUCUGUAAAAUCAACAGUUUCUGAGACCUUCAUGAGCAAGCCAAGCAUUGCCAAGAGACGAGCCAAUCAACAGGAGACUGAACAGUUCUACUUCACAAAAUUGAAGGAAUAUCUGGAAGGGAGGAAUCUCAUCACCAAGCUCCAGGCCAAGCAUGAUCUCCUCCAGAAGACUUUGGGAGAAAGUCAAAGGACUGACUGCUCUCUUGCGAGCAGACGCAGUUCUACUAUAAGAAAGCAGGAUUCCAGCCACGCAAUUCCUUUGGUGGUAGAGAGCUGUAUACGUUUCAUUAGCAGACAUGGACUUCAGCAUGAAGGAAUAUUCAGGGUAUCUGGAUCUCAGGUUGAAGUGAAUGAUAUAAAAAAUGCAUUUGAGAGAGGGGAAGAUCCACUGGCUGGAGACCAAAAUGACCAUGAUAUGGAUUCAAUAGCAGGUGUCCUAAAGCUCUAUUUCCGUGGUCUAGAACAUCCCCUCUUCCCCAAGGAAAUUUUUCAUGAUCUGAUUGCCUGUGUCACAAUGGACAACCUGCAAGAGAGAGCUCUGCACAUCCGAAAAGUCCUGCUGACAUUGCCUAAAACCACAUUGAUUGUAAUGAGAUACCUCUUCGCAUUCCUCAGCCAUUUAUCUCAGUUCAGUGAAGAGAACAUGAUGGACCCCUAUAAUUUAGCCAUCUGCUUUGGUCCCACACUGAUGUCAGUGCCUGAAGGCCAUGAUCAGGUCUCCUGCCAAGCUCAUGUUAAUGAGCUCAUCAAAACUAUAAUCAUACAACAUGAGAAUGUCUUCCCAGGACCAAGAGAGCUGGAGGGAUCUGUAUACACCAGGGGUGGAAGCACUGAGGAUUACUGUGAAAGUCCUCAUGGAGAGACUGCCUCCACAGAAGAUGCCACUCAGGAUAUAACUAUUGAACACCAUACAAGUGAUGAUGAAUGUGAACCCAUUGAAGCAAUAGCCAAAUUUGACUACUCGGGCAGAACUGCACGCGAGCUGUCCUUCAAAAAGGGGGCUUCUCUCCUGCUUUAUCACCGGGCUUCUGACGACUGGUGGGAAGGCCGUCACAAUGGCAUUGACGGUUUGAUCCCUCAUCAGUACAUUGUUGUCCAGGACACUGAGGAUGGGAUGUCUGAAAGAUCAAGCCCAAAAUCUGAAGUAGAAAUCAAUUCCGAGCCACCUGAAGAAAAAGUGACAGCCAGAGCUGGUUCAAAUUGUCCAAGCGGCAGCCAUGUGGCUGACAUUUAUCUUGCAAAUAUCAAUAAACAAAGAAAGAAGCCUGAGUCAGGGAGUAUACGAAGAGCAUUCCGUCAGAGUGACAGCCAUGGAUUGCCCAGCUCGCUGGGGGAACCCACACCAUCUGGAGCUAUAGCCAGUCCUCGUCCUUCCUCACAACCCAUUAUGAGCCAAAGCCUCCCAAAGGAUGUACCAGUCCCAGAUGCAUGCUCUAUCAGUGGCCAUGGGAGCCUCAAUUCUCUCAGUCGGCAUGCCUCUCUAAAGAACAGAAUAGAUAGCCCCCAUAUCCGGAAGAACGUGACUGCAGGAAGGUCAAAGAGCUUUAAUAACCACCGACCCAUGGAUCCUGAAGUCAUUGCACAGGAUAUCGAAGCUACUAUGAAUUCUGCUCUGAAUGAGUUGCGGGAGCUGGAAAGGCAAAGCAAUGUGAAACACACACCAGAUGUUGUUCUUGAUACGCUGGAGCCAUUAAAAAUGUCCCCUGUAGUUGCACCCACCUCUGAGCCUUCCAGCCCUUUGCAUACUCAAAUCCUCAAGGACCCAGAACCAGCCUUUCAGCGGAGUGCCAGCACAGCAAGCGACAUUCCCUGUGCCUUCAGGCCAGCAAAAUCUGUCAAAAUGGCUGCCCAGGUCAAACCUCCAGCCACUAGGCCAAAGCCAGCAGUUUUCCCCAAAACAAACUCCUCAAGCGCUGCAGUUGCCUCAGCUUCUCAACAGUCUACUGACAAGUCUUGUACUGUGUAAAACUGAAAAGCCUACUGUGAAUACAGAAUUUUUGUUUCAGCUUAGGAAACUCUGUUAAGGAGACCUUACAAUUUCUAUUUAAUUAGUAUUGAACUUCUACUAAAGAUUAGUUCAUAAGUUACUGGUGCCAGGAAUGUUCCCACCAAGAAAGAUCCAGCUAAUUAAGCCUCGCAUUACACCACCCUUGGCAUUUACUAGGGUGUCAAAAGUCUGUGUAACCUGAGACAGAAAGCCUGAGGUCCUUGUGAAAUCAAUGAGGGAAAGGCACAAUUAAUUAGCCUAUUACUGGUAACUAAUCAAUGCUUUGUUCAAGUGUCUGGUCGCUGGGAGACGUUUCAAUGACCACAUGACUUGGAUAUUAGUAGAAAGGAUUUUCUUGCUUCAACCACUACAGGGAAAACAAUAAGGUGUUUGUUAUUGAUGGAUGCUUUUGUUGCCACUGGUAAGUGGGUUUUGCGCAUGACUUCAGUCCUCAAUAGUGCUACAAGAUGUAUUAAUUUUCCAUUCUCUUUGGUCUCUUUUCAGGCAUACCCAUUCUCAAACACUAGGUUCAGUGGUUUCAAUCCUAGGUUGAAAAUCCUUAUGAAAUGUGCCUGGAAGGCCUAGUCCUGGGCGAAUAAGGCAUGUUUAUAUACAGACAUGUAUGUUCAUUUAAAGUUAAACUAAUUUUAUGGGAGAAAGAAAAAGUAUGAGAUCUUACACACAUAAAACACUUUCUAUUUACUGUAUAUAUUUCCAUGGUGCUUCCAGAACAUAAGGAAACCCAAAUCUUUCAGAAUGAGAUU